AUGGUUGAAACCAUCUAUAGUUAUAGGCAUGUACCAGGAAACGAUAAAGGUAAACCUGGGAGUAUUUUUGCACAGGCUGGUUACAUUGAAAGAGAUGUCUAUGAUGUGAUGCCUGUUAAAGACAAACAAAAAGACCAGCAUGGAUUCGGCUCUAUAAAACAAGAUCUUAAUAAGACCACGGUGCAAGAAUUUAUUUUAAUUGCAUUCUCCAACCUAAGGCAGCUCCAGUUAUUACUCUUCCUCUUUGUAUUAAUAGCAUACACUAUUUGUGUUACAGGAAAUAUUACCAUCAUCGUCUUAGUUAGGAUGGAACCCUUGCUUCAAACUCCAAUGUAUUUUUUCAUAAGUACUUUUGCUGUUCUGGAAAUUAUGUUUAUGACGGUUACUAUAGCUAAGCUUCAGGAUAAUUUGAUUUCAGGAAAUCAGAGGAUAUCUGUCAUUGAAUGUUUCACACAGAUGUUUAUUUUAGAUGGUUUGGGUGAAACAGAAUGUUAUUUGUUAUUGGUCAUGGCCUUUGACAGGAACUUGGCUAUCAACAAUCCUUUACAUUAUUCUGCUAUUAUGAAGAAGGAAAUAUAUUCUCUAUUAGCUGUGGCACCAUGGGUUGGAGGUUUUGCAGCUUCUUCUGUGACUACCAGAUUCAUGGCCCAAUUGGACUUCUGUGGACCAAAUCAGAUAAAUCAUUUCAUCUGUGACUUGGUUCCAGUUCAGAUUUUGUCUUGCUCUGAUACUUCCGUGAUCAAAUUAGCCACAAUAUUAACGGCCACUUUUUCCAUCAUUUUCUCAGGCAUCAUCAUCAUAGCUUUAUAUGUUCACAUUAUUAAGACCAUCCUAAAAAUCAAGGGAGCUGAAGGAAAACAAAAAGCCUUCUCUACUUGUUCCUCUCACCUUAUUGUGGCCAGUCUUUUUUUCGGAACAGGAUUUGUUGUGUACAUCAUACCUACUGGAGGGAAAAAUUACAAAUAUCUUGCUCUUAUAUACAUGGUUCUCACUCCACUAUUAAACCCCUUAAUUUAUACUUUGAGAAAUAGUGAUGUAAAGACAGCAGCAAAAAAAAUUAUUAUCAAAUAUAUACUAUCGGAGGGAAGGCAAUACUAG